GGAACUUUCCUUUUCGGUGGUGUUUUUCCGAUGACCGGAACCGCCGCACAGCGACACAAUCGAAAAAUAAUCCCACCGCAAUUUUAUCCCGCCUUUGACCACAACGAACCAACCGAAUCGAAUCCGACCGGUCAAGUUCCAGAUUCAUCCCUUUCUCUCGCCUUUUGUACGGUCGCCUCUUUCCUUUCUAUCCUUUAUCAUCACAUUUGAUCCGCCAAAAUGGGUGUUGCGUUCGACAAGUGCGAAACACGACCGGCUAAUAUCGAUGCCAUUCUCAACGGCCUUGACCGAUAUAACCCCGAGACCACCACAGUAUUCCAGGACUACGUUGUUCAACAAUGCGAAGACCGAACAUUCGAUUGCUAUGCUAACCUGGCUCUGCUGAAGCUGUACCAAUUCAACCCCCACCUCCUCCAGCCUGAGACUGCCGCCAACAUCCUGGUCAAGGCGCUCACCGUUUUCCCCUCGCCUGCUUUCUCCCUCUGCCUUGCUCUGCUCCCCGCAUACACCCAGCCCUUCCCCUCAUCCGACGCUGAGACACAGUCGGCCCAGGCCUCCGACUUUGUCGAAUCCGUCCAGAAGCUCGCUCACCUGUCCUCGCUCCUUGAGUCCGCCCAGUAUGAUCAGUUCUGGGCUACCUUGAACUCUGAUGACCUGUAUGCCGACCUGGUGGCUGAUGUCGCUGGUUUUGAGGAGCUCGUCCGCAUCCGUAUUGCCGUUGAGGUUGGCAAGACAUUCCGUGAGAUCAACGCUGAAGUCCUAGAGCAAUGGCUGGACAUGAGGAACCGUGAGGCUCUUGAGAAGUUCGUUGUUGAGGUCUGCAGCUGGGAGGUCGACAAGUCUGGCCCCAACGGCACCGUCGUCAAGGUGCCCACCAACAAGGAGAACGAGGCUCGCAGUGAAGUCAAGAGCGAGCGCGUGGGUGUUGAGAUGUUUGGCCGUGUGAUCAGACGGGGAUUCGAGCAGGCAGCAUGAGUUAGAAGGAAUUCACAAA